AUGGGUGCGCAUCCAACGUGGGCGCUGAGAUUGGCAGCAGCUGCCGCGGAAGCCCCGGACCUCCUGAGCGUCGACUUCGCUGAGGGCAUCCCACGCCACGGGCUCUGCGCGUGCUCCUUCCACGUGCCGAUGGUGGCCCGGUCCAUGGAUAGGCUCGCCCACGCCGCCCUCUAUGCUGCUGAUCGCCAGGCCUUCGUGACUGAGGCCGAGAUCCAGGUGAUUGCGGCUGCCUUGGAUUCUAUUGCGCCGAAGGUUUCCGACGCCUCCGACAUCAUCGAGCUCUGUCGUAUUUGGCGCGCCCGGGCUGAAGCUGGCCUGCUGCUGACCGUCAACAGGAACUGGGGCAAGCUGGACAGGAAGGCGGAGCGCCCGAAGGGAUCUGCCCCCUCGGCUCGCCCGACCUCCCCACCUCCAGCUCACCAGAAGCUCGAGAGCAUUGCCCUCCGUCGCCUUCGACGACUUCCUCGGAGCUGCACGGAGAGCGUGGACACUCGCCGACGACAUCAUGCUGCGAUCACCGACCGCGUGAACGACCGUCAACUGGAGCACUUCGCGCAGUUGUGCCUCGACCAGCUGUGCGACCCCAUCAAUGGCAUGCCCAGCUGCGGCCAGAUGCUGGAGUCCGUCAACCGCGCCAUCUCCGCCGAUCACCACGAGGUCGCGAUGGGGCGCCGACGCCACUGGGCCGCCUGCUUCUCGAAGCGUGCGGGCUUCGAUGCUGCUGGCAUGUGCGCAGAGCGGGCCCCCGUCUGGAGCCCUGGCGAGAACGACUCGGGCCCCGAGGUCGAGAAGUGGAAGGAGUGGGCCCGCGGCGUCUCCUUCCUGCAGUCCGACAAGGCGAAGGACUUGGUGCCAUCCCGCCAGGUGUCCGACGCCAUCUUCGGGUGGCGAGUGGCGGGCGUCCCCAAGAAGGACGAGAACGAGAGUAGGAAGGGCGUCGCCGUCGUCCAUGCUGUCUCGGCCUGGCUUGCUAGGGUAGCCUUGUUCGGGCCCGAGCUGGACUUGAGAAAGGCCUGCGGCUGCGUGGGCCGCGCCCUCGCCGCCGCCGCGCUGGCCGCGCGGGGCGCCCCCGAGGGCGACAGCGUCGCCCCUGGCGCCAUGGUGGCGGCCCUCGUUCCCUGGAAGCGCACCCCAGCGACUGGAUGGGCUCUCGUGGACGACCGUUCCAUCGCUUCCAUGACUGAGGCCCACCUGGCCGUCGGUCUCGAGCGCGCCGUGCAGUUCGACGCCGACGUCGGCUAUGCCGAGGGCGCCGCCAAGCGCCAGAAGUGGUCGGCAGCAGUGGGGUCGAACUCCCUGGUGCACCUCGGGUUGAUCUGUGACCCGAGCCGCCCUGAGGCGAUGGGGGCGAUCCGCUCGGUGAAGCUGCUGCCUGGCAAGCACCUUGAGCGCUCCUUGGCCAGUUGCUUAGAGAAGCUGGGCCUGGAGUUCCUGGGCCACGUGCUCAGCACUGCGACGUGGCGCGAGUUCGUGGCCACGCUUUCGCGGGGCGACCUGCAGCGCCUGAGCGUCUUCGCGCGCGGGGCUACCCAGUCGAGGAGUGCCCGCAGUUUUCAGAAGCUCGUGAUCGUCUCCGAGAAAAGGAGAAUUUUCAAGCUGACCCGCAGCGUGCACAGCACUGAGUGGAUCCUCCUGGCGUUCAACCCAGAGUCAGGCCGGGAGGGUAUCGUAUUCGCCGCGGCGGGCGACGAUGCUCUAGGUGGCCAGCGGCAAAGGGACGAGGUGGCGAACGCAGUCGUGGACUACUUGGAGCUCGUGUGCGCCAAGAACCAGACAAAGGUUGGCUGGAUCGCUGAGCGGCUGAGCAACGGGAGCUUGCCGCUCGAGUUCACGGGCGACGUGCUGGUGGAGCUCUGCCUCAACAUCGACGACCCCAACAAGCUCACCACCGCCGAUGUGGGGGCAAAUUUCGUCGGCAAGAUGUACGACCUGGACCCCGAGAACACGCUCGCGGCAUUGGAGUUGCUCUCCAACUCUACGUGCCCACCCAGCGUGCCUGCGGACGCGUGGUGCGUACUCCCCGUGUCUGGCCACCGGCGGCAGCCACUUGCCACGGUGCCCGAGAGCGGCCCCGCGGAUGCCGAGGUCGAGGAGAGGACCGAGGAGAGGUGA